AUGGCGUCCAACGCAGACAACUUGCAUGAAAUGAUUUCUUCUAAUCAUGGGCAACAAUUGAGCGAAAACAAAUUAUCAGUGUUAACGCAUUUUAUGGAUAUAUCUGGAAUUAGCGACGAUGUUAUAGCGAAAAAUAUAUUGGAAUCAAAUAACUGGGAUUUGGAGAGAGCGGUGGAUAAUUUCAUGGGAUAUAAUGAUCCCUCAUUGCAGAAUGUCCGUAGAAGAAAUGCUGAAAUUCCAACAGUUGAUAUUUCACCUUUUAAUCAGAGAAGGUAUCGCGUUCGUUCCAGAAAUGUCCCCUGGUAUAAACAAUUUACCUCCUUUUUAAUUUCUCCUGUUCGUUGGACUUUGCGCACGGCACUGAACAUGAUCCAUAUCUUUGGUUUGGCCAGAUCCUCGUCGAUGUAUGUUUUCACUAGUAUUAACUUUUAUUUCGGUGCUUAUAUUGUUUAUUUUAUGUCGACUUUUUUCUACCUUAUGGUAGCUAUUACCGACCCAGCUGGAGACGUACGUAAUUUUAUUGAGUCUUUUGAAAAAAAAUACGUUUCUGCAUUAAAUGAGGACCAAACCGGUGUUGGUUUGGUUCCUCCUCGUAUGCCCCCUUUCUUUAAUGGAACAUAUGCUGAUGCUCUAAAAGAGGCUAAGCAAACCCUUCGAUUUCUCAUUGUCUACCUCCACGGCGAUUCACAUGAGCAUACUGAUGUUUUUUGUCGUGAUACUCUUCUUGACCCCGUAUUUCUUGAUUUUCUUACUGACAACUCACUUAAUGUCCUUUUAUGGGGCUGUAAUCUCAAUUCUCCUGAGGGUUAUCGUGUUUCAGAAACCUUUAGAGAGCAUACAUAUCCCUUUGUUGGUGUGGUGGGUCUGUCAAACAAUCCUAUUGCCGAUGGAUUUGAUUUCGUAGCAUAUUCGAGCACUUCCUUCGGAUCUCCAACGCGUAUGGCUCUCCUAGGUCGAAUUGAGGGCCUAACUCCGACUACUGAAUUAAUAACUCAACUUAACUUGAUCAUGGAUGAUCAUCAAGGCGUCAUUGUUGCGGAACGGGCUGAUAGGGCCGAGCGUGAGUUGUCCUCCCGUCUGCGUCGUGAACAAGACGAAGCAUUCCAGGCCUCCCUGGAGAUGGAUCGGGCUCGAGCGAGGUUGCGUGCUGCUGCUGCAGAAACAGAGGCGCGGCUUGCACGUGAAGCUGCUGAAGCUCGCAAGCGUGAAGCCCUGUUGGCUCGAGCUAAUGUCAGGCGUCAGCGAAGAUGGGCUGCCUCACUACCCCAGGAACCCUCUGGUGACUUGGACACUGUCCGCCACUCCAUCAAGCUUCCCAAUGGCACUCGAGCCCAAAGGGUCUUUUCUGUCACGGAUUCUCUAAAGGUAUUUAACCGGAAAAUACCUGUUUUAUUUAGUCUAUCGUAUCAAAAAUAG